UGUAAUGGCGUCUUGAUCUGUAAUGAAAAACUAAAGUGAUAUCCGACCAAUUGAUAUGUUUGUGAACUUAACUAAAUUUCGUCCAGAUAUUCCGUUAUGUUGUUGGAAUUUAAUUAAUUUUGUAUAGAAUAUAAUCUACAAUGUACAAUGGCAUCGGUUUUACCGACUGCACGAGGCUCAGGGACUAACGGCUAUGUGCAGAGGAACUGGGCGGCCGUCCGCAAGACCAAGGAUAAGGUGAAUUACAAGACUGAGGAAGAGUUGGAGAAGUUGGAUGCAGCAAACAAUCGACAACCUAACAAAGAAAUUCUCGACCAUGAAAGGAAACGAAAAAUUGAAAUCAAAUGUAUAGAACUCGAAGAAAUUCUGGAGGAGCAAGGGUACUCACGAUCGGAGAUCGACACAAAAGUGGCUGCCUACCGUCAAGUUCUGCUGGGAAACGACGGCAAGGUAGACCAGCUGCCGAGAGAUGAGUUCGGCAGAGUUAUGUGA